AUGCGAUUAAAACUAAAGUCAAACACUGGUGUAUCGACUAUAAACUUGGACGACAAUUCCAAAUUAUUUAAAGAUUUUCUUGAUGAUAUUCAACAAAAUAAAGAACUACAUGAAAAUGGGUCAGAAGUUGUUGCGUCCAUAAAGAAAGGAUUCCCACCUAAACCAAUAGAUUUAUCAUAUUCUCGGGAUACUACAAUAAGUGAUAAAGAAAUUAAAGAUGGAGACCAGUUGUUAAUUGAUUUUGCAUCAUUUAAACGAAAAGUCACUGUGGAGUCCUCAUUGUCCCCACAACCUGCUGAAAAGAAACCAAACCUACGAGAAGACAUACCAUCAGCUUAUAUUGAAUCAAUAAAUAAGUAUUUGAUUCUUCGAAAUAUUCCUGAUGACAAUUCCUGUUUGUUCAAUUCAAUAUCGUAUGCUGUGUCAGGGUAUGAUUCCUAUAAUAAUAUAUCCCCACCAGAUGAAUUGCGGACAGUGGUAACCAAUUAUAUCCAUGAUGACCAUGAACUAUACUCCGAUUUGAUCUUAGGGCGUCCAAGAAAUGAAUAUUGUGAAUGGAUAAAGAAAAAAGAUAGUUGGGGAGGUGCCAUAGAGUUGGGUAUAUUGGCAGAUUGGUUUAAUAUUCGAAUAGUAUGCAUUGACAUAGAACUGGGUAAUUUUAUUCGUUUUGAAAAUGAAAAGAAGAGUCCUGAAAAUUUCAUUAUAUUGAUUUACAGUGGUAUUCAUUAUGAUGUUUUAGCCAUGAACGAUGAAUUGUCUUUAGACAACAAGGCAGGUGAUAUUGCUCAAUGGAAAAUAAAGGACGAGCACGAAGAAGAUAUUUUAACAGCCAGUCAGAAACUAUGUAAAUUAUUGCAAAGUAAGGAUUAUUCAACAAACACAACAACAUUUAGAGUUAGAUGCUUAGACUGUUAUCAAGUGUUAGUCGGUGAAAUGGGAGCUUCAAAACACGCUGAAGAAACAGGACACCUUAAUUUUGGCGAAGUUAAAAAGAAAUAA